GAAUGGGAAGGAACAAGUGCUAUCAGCAAUGAUGUAAAAGUGGAAGGAACUAGUGAGCCUGCUGCAUGGUUCUACAAGCCAGAAUUCAGUACUGAAAGAUCCCAGCUUGAGGUAAGCUGCAUUGAUGGUGAUCAUCUUCUCACCAGGUGGAGAGCACAUUGUGCGAGAGGCAAUGUGAAAGGACUGAAAAGGGAUGCAUGGAUCCAAGUAGCCAAGGACAGAUCAACAAGCCUUAACAUCAGUAUGGUUGAAGACAUGCUAGAUGCUCAAAGUGUUCCCAUCGCAUGCAUAUUCUUUAGUAGUGAGGUUCAAGACAAGAUGGUGCAGCUGGGUUUUUCUACGGAAGCCCUCUUUGUCAGACAUAUCAGAGAAGGCCUGAUCGUGGCGCAUGAUCAGCCCGGCAUCUCUGCCGCAGAAAGAGCAAACAUGCGAUUCAGACUAAGAUCGUUCCUGAUGCAUGGAAUAAGCUUCCACACCUUUCCACCGCCAGGAAGGUACAUAUACAGUGCUGCGAUAGGAUAUCCUUGGCAAAUCUGGGAGGACACAGUUGCAUCAAUAGAAGCACACAUGAUUCUCUACCCGCUCGUAAAACAAGGCAGCUACAACCAGAGGGCAUUCUCCAGUUCCCUUUGCGAGCAGUUCUUCAGCGAGAUGACAGGGGACGACAAGACAGGGCACUGUGGCACACUGACAGCUGUAGAGCUCACUCGACACUUCGGCACUGUCUGUGAGAUACUUGCAACAAGGCUGGAUCCACAUCGCAAGUGGGACAUGAGAACCAAAAAAUCCUCAGUGUACCCAGUCGUGACUGCUGAUCCUGAACAUGACAGCCCCACCAUGGAGAUGGAGCCAUGCCUUUCUCAAGACAAGAAACACAUACGUGAAAUCAAACCAAGGAAUCACAUGUUUGACACUCCACGAACAAGGAAAAGCCAUCGAAGGCAUGGGCAGAUUUCAGGACCGAAUGAGCCAUCCCGAGGAACACGUGGAGUUCGACAGCAUCAUCGUAUUGAUGAAAGCAAGAUGCUACCAUCAACAAGAGCUGGAAUCGAAAUUUAGGACCUGAUAUCCAUACUACUGUUUAGUUUUUCUUUUCCUAUGGUGUUUUACUCUGAGUGUUAUCACUUAGCAAUGUGCAGUAUAA